AUGGCCCGAUUUGAGGUGCUGGCUGACACCCUCUUCUACUGUAGAUACAAAAAAACCCUUGAUCCUUUCUCCCAUCAGCAGUCUCAUAAAACCUGUCUUGGUCCAGCCGAUUGGGCUAGUCUUGCAAGCAGCUGCAAUGCCAAUUCACAAUGCUACGAAGGCCCUCCUAAUGGCAAGGGCCUGCCACACUCACCAGGGCAGUAUAGCACUAUUCUCAACCCUGCAACAAGUGAAUUUCGUCACUAA